AUGUCUUCGUCAGACGACAAAGCCACAUCAGCAAGAUCUCCAAGCCCCCCCAGAUUCAUCAUCAUUGGAGCCGGGUCCCGAGGGCAGAAGUACGCGGACGCAACCUGUUCAGCCACCGGCGGAGUCAUCAGCGCCGUAGCAGAGCCUAUUGAAUCGAAAAGGAACCGGCUGGGCCGCAAACAUAUCUGGGAAGCUGAAGGCCCAGAAGAAGGCCAGGCUUUUUCCCACUGGAGAGAGUUCCGAGAUUACGAAGUCAAAAGAAGGGAGCGCGAGGCUUCAGGAGAGAAGAAUGUACCCAAGGGCGUUGAUGGAGUCUUCAUCUGUGUGUUGGACGAGCUGCACAAGGAGGUAGUCGUUGCGUUGGCACCGUUGGACCUGCACAUCAUGUGCGAGAAGCCCCUUGCUUGCUCCCUCGACGACUGCCUGGCCAUGUAUCGCGCGCUCAAAGGCCACGACAAGAAGAUCUUUCACAUCGGACACGUACUCAGAUACAGCCCGCACAAUGUGCUUCUACGUCGACUGCUACUAGAGGAGAGGGCCAUCGGUGACAUCAACAGCGUUGUACACACCGAGCCGGUGGGAUGGUGGCAUUACACGCACUCUUACGUUCGGGGCAACUGGCGUAACUCUGAGACGACUGGGCCAUCGCUUCUCACCAAGAGUUGCCACGACAUUGAUCUGCUGCUUUGGCUGCUGUGUUCGCCAACAAAACCCGGCCAAGGCGAGAACCAUCUCCCUUCAUACGUCCAGUCCACCGGAGGUCUCCAGUACUUCAAAAAGAGCCGCAAACCCGCAAAGGCAGGCGAUGCGACCAACUGCAUGAAAUGCCCCUUGGGGGACGAAGGCUGCAAGUAUUCUGCCAAGAAUGUGUACCUUAGCGAUCGAUACCAGGGGCUAGGAACUGGGAACCUGGAGUGGCCCGUCCACAUUGUUGCCCACGACAUCGAGGAUUUUGGCACCCGCCAAGAGCAAGAGCAUGCCCUAACGAGAGUCCUGGAAGAAGACUAUGACGAGUCUACUCCCCGGAAGGUUGUCCAGUCGCGCAAUUGGUUCGGCCGUUGCGUUUUCGAGUCGGACAACAACGUCUGUGACGACGAAUUUGUGACGAUCACCUGGGAUGAAGAGGGAGACAAGCCCGCAAAACGCGUGGCCUUCCACAUGGUGGCACAGACAGAGAAGCAGUGCGAUCGCCAUGCAACGUACUACGGCGAGCACGGCGAGAUUCAUGCCGAUUCCAAGUGCAUUACCGUGACUGACUUUGAGACCAAGAACGUCAAGUCGUACAACCCAAAGGUGGAGGACAUUGGUCAUGGAGGAGGGGAUGUCGGCCUGACGAGGCAGUUCGUGCUCGCGUGUGAUCGAGUCAAGAACGACGGCUGGCAGGCGUUGAGAGCGCAGCACGAGAUCCUUGGCUGUACACUGGAAGACACGUUAAGAUCACAUGCGAUGGUCUUUGCCGCCGAAGAAGCCAGGCUGCAGCGCAAGGUAGUUGACUGGGCAGAUUUCUGGGAGCGUGAGGUACUUGAGGGGGUGAGCGCGUGA